GCCAAGGUAGGUUCGGUGGUUUGCACGUGUGGAUAACUUUUGUCUUGGCGUUCAUUUAGUGUUUUCGCCACCUUUUCUUUAUACUAAGCAAUGGCAGUUGGGGGGCAAAAGAAAAGUACGAAAUCGGGAAAGAAAGGAGGAAAGAAGAAAACAGCUGAUCCAUUCACUAAAAAAGAGUGGUAUGAUAUCAAAGCUCCAGUUAUGUUCCCUAAAAGAACGUGUGCAAGAACGUUAGUGACACGAACGCAGGGAACUCGUAUUGCGAGUGAAGCCCUUAAAGGUCGUGUGGUCACGCUCAGUCUUGGUGACCUUAGUGAAAAAAAUGAGGAAGUUUUUCGGAAAUUCAAGCUGCAGAUUGAAGAUGUCCAAGGCCGUCAUUGUCUAACAAACUUCCAUGGUCUCGAGCUCACUCGCGAUAAACUAUGCUCAGUUGUUGUCAAGUGGCGGUCAACAAUCGAAGCACAUGUCGAUGUAAAGACCACAGAUGGAUAUCUGCUUCGUUUCUUCAUCAUUACGUUCACUCCUAGCGUACCACGAUCGGAGAGGCGUCAUACUUAUGCACAAACCACACGUAUUAAGCGAAUCCGUGCACGUCUGGUCGAGAUAAUUCAACAGGAAGUUUCCUCUUGUGAUUUGAAGGAAGUUGUUAACAAGCUGAUCCCGGAUUCCAUCGCUCAAGAUGCUCGUAAAGCAGCUUCAUGGAUUUACCCGCUAAGUGAGACCUUCAUACGAAAGGUUAAAGUCUUAAAGAAGCCGAAAGUUGAUCUUGCUCGGCUAAUGGAACUUCAUGGAGAAUCGAAGUCAGCUGCACCAGGGGAAGCAGUUUCUCGUCCCGAUCACUAUGAACCUCCAAAAGUUGACUCAGUUUAGUUCGAAAUAAAAACCUUUCGUGGAAGCUUCGUUUUUCAAUCCUAUCAGCUGUGCUGUUGAAUUACCUUGGAAAAUUCGAUUGUAAAUUUUU